GUUCUAAGGUCUGGGAAGAACUUUGCUUUCAGGUUAGAUUAGUUCAGGUUCAGAUCAAGUGAAUUAUCUGUUGUGGCACAGGACUAAUGAUUAUUUUUAUUUAAAAUUGUAUUUGUGGUUGUUUCAAAUCUGCAUAAAGAUGUUGUCAUUCAGGUGUAGAUAUAAGGCGGUAAGCCUUACUCAAAAUUUAUCGAAAGCAUUGAAAUUUUUGUCGACGCAUUCAAAUGCUCCGGAAGCGAACAGCAACGAGCCGGAACAAUUCCGCGUACUGGAACUUUACUCGCAAAAAAGAGCUAUGCAGGAGAAGCGAAAGACACGAAAAAUUUCCGUACCACCACCGAGAGCUACGGAUAUGCCUGUCGACCAGGACUGGCCGUCAGUAUGGCCAGGUGCCCGAACUUUUCACCCCGCUACGGUACCUCUACCACUGCGUCAAGGAUACCAGGAAAAGGGCGUGCCACCCAAUAAAUACGCUAAUGCCGAGCUCAUGAAAAUACCAAACUUCUUGCAUCUAACACCGCCAGCAAUUCAGAGGCAUUGCGAAGCGUUGAAGCAAUUUUGCACAAAGUGGCCUACAACUUUGGAAGAUAAAGAAAAGUGUACGAAGCAUUUUCCCGUCGAGAUUAUAACAUCCGAUUAUUGUUAUUCUUCGCCAACCAUUAGAGAUCCACUUGCUAGGAUUGUGAGUCUGCAAGUGAAACUAUCCUCGCUUUAUUUAGACACUCAUGCCAAAGAUAAAUUAUUAAGAUUAUUGGGAAAUAAAUACAAUCCAGAAACAGAUAUAAUAACAAUAACGGCUGAUAGGUGUCCAACUAAAAAGCAAAAUUUAGAAUAUGCAUGGUAUCUUCUCACGGCAGUAUAUCAUGAAUCUUGGAGAGUGGAACCUUGGGAAGCUGAGAAAUCUAUAGCAGACAUGGAAUAUUUCGAUUGGGACACUAGCCAGAGUCGUACGAGUCUAGUAACUCUGUAUAUGUGGCCGAUAUCGCCAACUGAUUACGAUUACGAAACUAUUCCGCAUGCGACAGAAUAUAAAAUUGCCGUCUCGGAUCUUAUAAACAACGGUGAAGAUCAAUAUUCGACCAAUAAAUACAAAGAAGCCGUAAAAAAUUUGUUAAGUCUUAAAUGUGACAAUAAAGAUUGAACCAAAAUAGCAAA